UUGCCGGUUUGGAAAUUUAGAUUCGUCUGAAACGAAUUUGUUUCUCAGCUGCCCGCGCGAUUGCAACUGUAGAAACCAGUUAAAAACAUGUCUAAUUGUCUUAAAGUAAAUCUUUCUGGCUUUUCUCUCCUCGGAUUGCGUGAAGUAAUUCCAGAUCAGACAGGAAUAGAACAAUGGAAGGAACUAUUACUGAAUACGGGUGGAACACAUUUGACACUCCAAGAUAUUAAACUACCUGAAGGUUGCACAGCAGGAGGAUACUGUUUCACUGAUUCCAAUUCAACUGUCACUCGGAACCGUUUCAUAUGCUGGCAAAUUUCCAAUGAUGUCCUGGAGCUAGUAGAACACAGUUUAGACCUGAACUUACACGGCAACUGUCUUCGCAUCAGAUUUCAAGGCCUUCCAAUAUUAGAGGGGACAUCCAUUCAUGAAACAAAAAAUAAUGUGGUUAUUCUUGUCUCCACCAUAUCUUCAGUUCAUCGUUUGGUUCUACCACAUCCAACAAAACACAAUGAUCCUACAGCAUUCAACUCAAUGGGGACCAACAUUUCUGUACCAUCCAUCUUUACUGAAGCAUCCCUUCCCUGGUUGAGGGAAUCAUUGAGCCACCAGGUCAUCAACAGCACCGCCACCAAUUUUUCACUCCCCAGCACUGCUGCAUCUUACUUUUCUGGAAAGAGUAAAGAAGCAUUGUUUGCUUUGGCAAACACUUCGUCGAUUUCUCUCAUUCGUAUGGGUCAAUCUCCUUCGGCAGUUACCACAUAUAAUUUGCAGCCUUCCUCAAAUUUAUCACGUUUACUUUCUGGUUACCUGCCUACUGUGUUAAGAGGAAGCUCAUCACAGGAAAACGAAGAUACUACAGCAAGCAUUUGUUUAUUGCCGACAAAUGAAGACGUCCUUGUGCUGGCCGUCAGCAAAGGCUUGAAAUUGCGAAUUUGGUCAGCAGCAACACAGGAGUGUCGUUUGGAGUUCGAUUUGGUUGAAUUCUUCGGAGACAAAUCAGUCAAACAGCUUGGCUCUCUUCACAGAAUCCGGUGGUGUCCUGACGGCGUCGACUUCAAACUGGUCGUCUUCUCCUCUUUUGGCAAGAAUAGAUCUUUUCUUCUCAUUGAUCUACAAACGGGCCCUACACUCAAGCUCAAUUUCCAGUCAUCCAUUACUGCACAACAUAGUCGUUUAAUCGACUUCAGCCUGACUUCAAAUCAUCUUUAUGCACUAUGGAGCACUUCGCGGGGUGAAUAUUUGUUGGAAUUCGCCGAAACGACCCUGCUAGAGUGGCAACAGGUUGCGUUGGAACCUGGCGUCGAUUCGGAAAUUGAGUACGACGAUACCGUCGUUGAUCCUAAACAAGCUUACAUGCAGGCACUUUUCAAACCGGGCGUAUUCUCGAUUUCAACAUUGAGUAAGGCUCUGCAAGCUUUUGAUCGUUCGGCAUCGACAAGUAGGAGGAGACCUGGAGAUAUAAAAGAAGACAUCAUAAUGGCUAUCGAGGUUGAACUGAAAGAGCAGAUUUCCGAUGCAGAUGAUGUGACAGAAGAACUUUAUCUUCAACUUUCGGCGAAAUACUGGGCCCAAUUUUACGCCUAUGCUGUUCAGUACCAUUUGAAGCGGCCAAUUCCUGUUGGUUUACUCAUUGAUGACGAAACUGGCUUCCACGCUCUACUUAAACGAGGAAUGGUUUCAUUUUUGCGCCCGUUGGAUUUGGUUGAGAGUUUGGUUUUGCAACGAGGCCGUCGUUGGGAUAUGCAGCCAUUUUCAAGUGGAAUUGCUUCGCUUUUCGGGGGUCAGCAAUCGACUUCUGGCCUUACUGCUCUGCUCGAGAUUCUGUUUGUGGUCAGCGAUAGUUUGUCAACGGAGCAGAUAAAGCGCUUUGAUCAAUCAAUGUUUCAGUUGGAAAGUGCAGAUCAAAUUGCCAGGGAUAUUGCUGAUGAACUGCUGGAGAACGAAUCAAUUAAUUUGCUCAACGCUGUCCAAAUGGCUUUGUCUUCUGUUGACAUUUGCCUGGCCUUGUCUGUUCUUCUCCAACAGCUCAGCGUCGGCAUGAAUGGAGGCGAUCCCAAAUUUGGCGAAAUUUCCUUCAAUAAUAAAAGUUCCUUUCGUUUGCUUUUCAAUGGAAGUCUUGGUUUGGGAGCAUUAGCCGAAUCAUCCCGACAGAUGGCUGAUUUAAGGUUGGAAUUGUGUCGAGAUGUACUGAUAGUACAGCAGUUGCUUAUAUUAACACAGAAGAAGCUUCAGCUGCGCCCCGAAGAUGCAGAAACCAUUCGCUCCGAGUUCCUCCCUCGUAGCGUCCCUCUGGCUCACGCCUACUAUGCUUUAUCUUGGUUAUGCCACUUCCCGGCCCAAACGGUUUCCAAUUCCCUCACCGAACAAAAUAUUCGCACAAUGGCUUUGUUGGGAUUCAAAAAAUCUCAAGAGUCUUACGCGACUUUGCCGUGCAAGAGCUUGGUUGAACUCUUCCUAUCAUUGGAUGGAGGUCAAGCUGUACGAGAAAUGGUCCUGCAGGAAGAAGAUGCUGCUGAAUGGACGUCCUCUUGGUUAGAUGUUUUCCCACACUUUAUGAAAGCCAUUGGCCAGCUGCUUUGGCCCAUUGGAAAUCACAUGACUUUCAUGGAAUUUCUGAUGGAGCGCUUCCAGCCCUUGGCCGUACAGGGAUACGUCCGCCUGCAACAGAACUGGUGUGAAUGGAAUACGUGUUCUCGAAAAUUUCUGAUGGCUGUCGCACUUGUGGCUACCGGUGAAGGAGAUAAAGCCAGUAGGUGGAUGCUUGAAGCUGCUGAAGGAAUCAUCAAAGAACAACUUCUUCACUCGAUUGUCACAAAGGGUGCGAAUGAAAGUGGUGACGCUGGAAGUCGUGCUGAUCCGGUGAUGCGCUUUCACCUCAUAUGUGUCCAGUUGUUAGAGCAGGCGGGACUAUGCAGUGCCGCUCUUCGUGUGGCUCUUGUAGCCCUCAACAGUAGUAAAACGGACGACCCCCUUUUGCCUACAAUAUGGUCGAUUGUUGCCAAGCUUCAUUUGAACUUGGGCCACUAUCAGGAAGCAUACGAAGCCAUCGUAAAUAAUCCGGAUAGUAGUCAGCGACCUGAAACUCUUGGACGUCUGGUCAAUAUUUUGCUGGAACGCAAACAGAUGGAUAUUCUUUUAACUUUCCCUUACGCCGGAUUGGAAUCAGAAUUGGAAAAAAUUGUGGAGAGAAGGGCUCGCUCAUCAGAUGUUCUAUCUAUGACGCUUUAUUACUCCUUUCUCUAUGCAUUUCACGUCCGCCAGGGUAAAAUGCGCAAAGCUGCCGCUGUGAUGCACGAACAGGCACUUCGAUAUGGAUGUGAAGGAGAGUCGGCCAAAAUGGUCAAAUGUCUUUUGGCUUGUCUCAACGCCCUGCGCCUAGUCUCUAGACAGGAAGCCUGGUUGGUUAAACCAGUAACUACGUUGAAUCGUAAUGGGUCAUCAGAACCGUUUAGACAUACAGUUGACGUCAUCGAGUAUGCUGAUAUUGAAAAGGAAUAUGAACUCAGCUACGCUUGUAUCAAUCUUGGACAGUCAAUCACAUCUCUUUCUCCUUCGGACGUGGUAGCGCUUUUGACUUCACGCAACCGCUACGAAUCGGCACUGCGCAUUGCCAGGAUCUUUGACGUCAAAGAUACGUCUCCGGUCGUGGAACACUUGGCCGCCAAUUGCGUGGCCCUAUCGAGAGAACGGGCCAACGAGGAUGAAGCCUGGAUUUGGUUGUCUCUGAAUCAAUCGUCUGGAGUAGGCAAGGCUUCUGAGCAAGCCUGGCGGUUAUUAGAGAGGAUCCUACCAAAAGCAGAAGGAGGGGACAAGCAAACCCGCUGUCAUCGUGCAGCUGCCAAAAAAAUCCUCGGUUUAGAUUGCACCUUGCCCUAUUGGUUGGCCGCCAGCUACAAAUUGAGGAAUCCAGGAGAACUCAUCAGCAUCUAUCAUCAGGCAGGGCUUUUAGAAGAUGCAGCUCAGGUAGCUCUAGAAUUGAUGGAUGCGAUGUUGGGCAAAGGAAAGGAGUACUUUGGAUUCGACAACAACCCGCUCCAGAUCAACGCACCUCCUGUAUGGAUGCCUUACACAGUUUUCGAUCGUUUAAUCAUGGAAUUGGAAGCCAACUGCAAUGAUUCUACCUAUAAAUCGUUACUGAAUGACAUGAAAGGCAAACUGCACGCUUACUUCCAAACAGCUGAACGUGUUAGUCGCUCUUUUGUCGAGUUAUCCAUGUCUUAGUUUUCUUUCUUUUUUUAUUAAUAAAACCCUGAAUUUUGUAUUACCAUUUCAACUGUGUAAUAAAUACUUGAAAAGAAUGAAAAAAAAUUUAC